AUGUCGCGCCGACCGCGCACUUGUCCGCGGACAGAGCUCUCCUCCGCUAGCGCUUCCCCCUCCGCGCGCCCGUUUCCGAUUCACGGGGAGCUGCUGGCGGGCGUGCUCGCGCUGCUGGACCCGCUGCUGCUGCUGCGCGCGCGCCUCGUGUGCGCGGAAUGGUGCCACGUCAUCAGCUCGUCGCGCCACCUAUGGCAGCGCGUGGUGGAGAGACAAGUGGCGCUGGCCGAUAGGGCACGUGCUGGGGCGGAUAUCGCCACGGAGGGAGCUGAAGGGGGAGGAGGCGCGGGUGACAAGUGGAAUAGGUCGGGCGGGAGCGAAAAGAAGGGUGCAGCGGGGAGGGGAGCAGAGGAGGGGGGCGGAAAGGCCGGGAGUUGGGGCGGGGGAAGGGAAGCGGGAAGAGGGGAGGAGGGCGCGGAGGGGAAGAGUGGAGGAGAGGAGGUGGAGGGGAUGGGGAGAGAGGGCGUGCGCGCGGCCGUGGGGUUGGCAGUGGGGGCGGAGCAGAGGAGACGGUAUGGGCGGGGGGAAGUGAGGGCGUGUGUGAUGCGCGGCCACACCAGGGGGAGGGUGGGCAGUGUGGCGAUGCGGCAUGGCGUGGUGGCCACUGGCGGCUCAGACGAUGUAAGUCCCGCACUGACUCACUGCCUCCCCAUCCCUGUUCCCGCACGCCCCGCUCUCUCCUCCGCGUAUGUUUCUGCCUCCUCCUCACCUUUCUCCCCGCCUGCCUGCUGUCAGACGGCUUGCUUCCCCUCUCCAGCUGCUCAGCCCAUCACAGCCGUUGAUUUAACCGACAUCAUGCUCCUUGCAGCAUCCGGCUCGCAGGUCUUCGCGUGGAACAAGGAGACCGGGAAGCUGCUCAGAAGCUUCGGUGGCCACCAUCAGCGCAUUCGCACGAUGAGCUACGAUGACACGGACCUGCUAGCAGCAUGUAGCGACGGCACUGUUCAUGUGUACGACAUAUACAGUGGCAUGACCACCCACAUCCUCCGCCCACACGCUCGGGCGCGCGGUGGGGCGGCAGCCAUGAGCUACAGUGCCACCAUGGGCCUGCUGCUGUCGGGCGGCACGGACGGCACGGUUCGUCUUACUGACUGCCGCUCCUCACUGCAAUUGCACACCCUUCUCUUCACCGACCCCACCCCAGUGACCUCUGUGCUUCUCUCCGCUCCAAGCCACCGAGUGAUGGCAGCUUCCGCAUCCGGCCACCUGCGAGUAUGGGACCUCAGGUCCCCCUCUCGCACUCUCAUGGAUACCACCAUCUCCUCCCCCACCCACACCACACUCGCCCUCCCCUCCUCCCCACUCGCGCUCCCGCCUGUUCUGCUGACAGCUGGCACCACGGGAUUGGUCCAAAUCCUGGACGCCGCCUCCCUCACUCCCCUUCGCCGACUGCCCCGCCCGCCACUCGCUGAGCUGGCACUGGGCAGCGGAGCAGGGGUUGCAGUUGAGGUGGAUGGGAGUGGUGGGACAGGAGAGGGGCAGGGAUUAAUGCGAGGAACAGGGUGGGGCAUGAGGGAAGGUGGGGAAGAGAAGGCGCAGAGCCAGGGUGGGCAGAGGGGUGGGGGCAGCGUGGAGGUGCAUGCUUUGAUCGGGGGAAACGGGGCAGCUGCUGGUGUGAGCGGUAGGGGGGUGUCGGGAGGAGUGACGGCUGGGGUGACUGGUAUCGCUGCAAGAACAUCCACCUUUGUCACAUCGCAUGUCGAUGGAACUGCAACCUUAUGGUUUGCUGUUUUGUAG